CUAAUUCGUUUUACCUGAUCGAAAGUGAUAUAGAUUUGACCUAGAUAAGUGACUGGUUGUCACCAGUAAACAGUGCGGCAGCCAACAUGGCCGCCACGUCAAGAAGACGUGACAACCCUCCAAGUUCUUUUCAAAUCUCACCGCAGAUUCCUCCUUGAAGGUGGCUCGGCUCCCUUUUAUACAAAAAUGGAUCUAUCAAUAACCAAAGAUUCAUGUCAUCGGGAGUUCGAUCAUGCAGUAGAUUAUUGUUGCAACAGAGAUUUCAGUCAAGUGAGAAAGUGAUGCAUGUCAUCUUAUCGUGAUCAUCUAAUCUACACAUGUUCAGAUCAUUAAAUAUGUUGAUCUGAGUGGACCACACAAGGAAUAACAUAUUAACGAGAAGGGUGUAUUCACUGAUUUGCUUGUAACACUGUUGUAAAACUGACCAAUCUGUGAGGCGAUGCCUGCGGGAGCAAUUCCUUUCCCAUUUGGGAUGUGCAGAAUCUGCAAGGACAAGGCCACUGGAGUGCACUAUGGGGUGGCCACUUGUGAAGGCUGCAAGGGCUUCUUUAAAAGAAGUAUUACAAGAGGUGACAAAUACAAAUGCUUUUUUGGAGGUGAAUGUGGCCUCAACCCCAAGAACAGAAAUCGAUGCAAGUCUUGUCGCUUUAGACUAUGCUUGGAAACUGGGAUGUCUGUAGAAGCUGUGCGUAUGGGCCGCAUUCCAAAAGUAGAGAAAGAAAAGGCUUUAGAAGUGUUCAAACAAGAAGGAUCUGACUUCAACAAAAUUGAAUUAAGUGUGGAGCAGACCGGUUCUGGUUGUUACGACUUCAAAUUCAACCCCAAGCAUGGUGAGAAGUCUUCAGAAAGGUGUACAGAUGCCAGUCCUGUGGAUCCAAAUCUUGUUAAGGCUAACUUGACAUAUUUUGACAGUAAUGGUGAGACAAGUGAAAAAAUGGUUGCACCUAACGGAAAAGAUGACAAUUUUGAAACUAAAAAAGAUCAUGGACCAAAAUUUAAUUCCACUGGGGAUCAUGAUUCCUCCGGCCAUUUUGUAUCUGAAGUAAAACAUGAUGCUAUAGCAAAGGUCACGUCAGAGGAGUCAGCACACUUACAUGCUAUAGCAAAGGUCACGUCAGAGGAGUCAGCACACUUACAUGCUUAUAACAUGGCACAUGAAAAGGCCAGUCCUAUUGCACACACUCCUUUGAACCAUUCUAAUUUUGAAACAACUGAACACAAUUUGAAUACACCAAAAAGAUAUAUUUCUUCUGUUGCUUCAAUGAAGUCUAAACAUUUGAUAGCAGAACGGUGGAAGUCAGAACAGGAAAGCAUCACAGCAAAGACAGAGUUUGACAAAUGUGUUGUUUCGUAUAGCCAACCUUUGAGCAAAAUAUUGAAUAGAUCUGUUUCAUUUGGCGCUGUAUCAUUUCCUCCUAGUUCACAACAACUUGAUACACUUCAUUAUGAAUCAGAUCAUAGUAACCCAAUUACUUUAAGUGAUCCUGAAGUAUGUUUGCCUUUAGAUUUAACAAAUGCCUGUGAACACAAAGGAUCUCGGAACAGUACGGGUUUUAAUAACUUUGUAACAGAUUCCUCUAGAUCCCCAUCAAUCAGUCAUAAAAGCUCAUCGUAUACACUCCCAGAAGUGCAGUUUAAUGACUCUGGAGUUUUGACAACCUCCAAAUUUUGUGGGCAAUUAGGAAUGAAGGUACACCCUGGGGACUUUACCCCAACCAGAACAAUCAAUACCUCUCCCCAUUAUCACAGAUCUACAGAAGGAACUGAAAGUGAGUCUGCUGCUGACGAUAAAGUGCUCUUUGGACCUUCAGAGUUCCCCAGUAAGUGUGGGUUAAUGGUUGAAGAGGAGUCUAUGCCUGGUACGGGCCGCUGCUCUCCCUCACCCUCGUGUUUCUCUAGAGGAAGUGGGGGCAGUGGCUCAUCAAAGUCCAGCAUAUACAGCCCAAUAUUGAUUAAGCUCUUGAUAGAACAAGUGAUGGAGACUGGGGGAACGGAGAUUUUUGAGAGGUUGAGAAAGAGACUGGAGUUGUCCAACAUGGACUCUGAGACCUGUUACAGAAUUAUCUCCCUGCUCAAGGAGGCCUCGGGAAGGACUAUAUCAGAUGCUAACUCUGAAAGUUCUGAAGUAUUUCAUUCAACAUGCUCAACUAUCUCUGAAAACAAGAAGGAAAGGUUGGCCAAAUUUCUUGAGGAUGUCAGUUGUACAUUUAAUGUUUCCGCCAAUUUUGGAAUUUCUCAUAAGCGGCGUUUUUCUGAAUGUUCAUUGUUUGAAUCAUUUGAGAAUCUAGAUGUGUAUAAACAUGACAAGGAAAAGCAUGAAAGUAGGAAAAGUUUCAGUUCUGGUAUUCAUCCCUCAGAGAAGAUAGGUUCACCCAAGCUGCAUAGGCAGAAUCACAACAAUAAAAUAAGUGUUCUUAUAGGUGGAAAUACAUCUGAUGACAUUGCAGAUGAUGUUGAAGAUCCAUUUGUAGAGAAGAUGACAACAUUGUACAAUGGCUUGAACUUAGGCCAAAAGAUACUUUUCCGACUCAAACCUGAACAUAGAGAAAAAAUGAGGCUGUUCCGAAUGGGAAUGCUCAAGUUGCGAGUGAUGACAGACAGCGAUGAAGAUGUCAAGCUGGUGUAUGAGAAGCUCAUCAACGGCAUUCCUGACCUCAGUCAGCGUGUCCUAGGUUUCUGCGAGAGUGUACCUGGCUUUAGCAGCUUCUCAAAGCAUGACCAGGAUAAGUUGAUGAAAAGAGCUUACUAUGACCUCUGGACGCUUUCCUACGCAGAAUACUUCCAAAAUGGAAAGAGUUAUUGGAUAUUGCCAACUGGUGAGAUAUACUCGGCUCCAGCCAUGCGGAAAAUUCUGAAUGACAGAAUAGUUGACACAGUCAUGACAUUUUCAGACCAAUUUAAUGCCUUGAACCUCACAGACCUGGAGAUUGCAAUACUGUGUGCAAUACGCCUCACUGCCUCAGAGACAGAGGUGCUGCUUGACAAGCCUGCCAUUGAUGCCCUGCACUCUGACCUGCUGCAGCUGCUGAGCUGGGAGGUGCAAAAAUACCACAUGGAGGCUCAUGACUACGUCCUCGCUGCCAUUGCCAGGCUCAUGCCCUUAGUCGACGAAAUCAACUGCAUACAGAAGGAAAUCAUUGGCAAAUUUUCCACACAAUUUCCAAAGCAAACGGAAUGUAGCAGAGACAACUAGCACUAUCGAAUUGCUGACAAUCUACUGAUGUUGUGAAGAAAACUUGUGAUAGUUAUGUGAACAUGCCUUUUAAUCUUUCCAUAUACCUUGAUGUAACAUGUAGGUUUUAUGUCCACUCACCAUAGAUGCUGUGUACAGUAUGAAGCUUUGUGAGAAUGUCUAUCUUGCAGCUUCUUAAGCCAACUGCGGCUCUGGGUUACAUAUGUCAAAAAACUAGAUCACCAGGUCAAAUCUUAUCAUUUACGUUACCACUCAAGAAGCCACAUUAAUGACUCAGUAGUGAUGAAACAUGGUCAGAAUGUGAAUCUUUUUGUAGGCUGAGUUUGAAUCUGGGUCAUGUGUUCAAAUCAUAGAAAAACCUUGGUACUACUAAGGAGACCACUUUGAUUACUCAGGCUUGAAAGAAACUUGGUCAAAAUGUAAUUUUUUACCAUACUUGACACACACCAACUCAUGUGUCCAAAAUCUAGGUCGCCGGGUCAAGUUUCAACAAUUGGUGAAACUCAAACUCAGGUUGGAGCUAGAGGGCUAUCAUUGCCUCUUGUUUUGUGUUUUUUUUGUUGUUGUUGUUAUGCUCCCCAUAUAUAUAUAUAUAUGGGGAGCUUAUAGUUGCCAGUUUGUCCUUCUGUACUUCCAUACAGAAAAAAAGUUACAGUUUCUCAUAGCACCUUCAAUACUUUACUGAUCUCUUUCAUAUUUGGCAUGUAGAUACCUUGCAUGGACCUCUACCUUUUGAUGACGUUUGAGGUCACUCGGGUCAAGGUCACCAAGGCUAAUAAUAGAUUUUUUCUUCACACUUUGAUUACAGUUUCUCAUAGCACCUUCAAUACUUAACCAAUCUCUCAUAUUUGGCAUGUAGGUACUUUGCAUGGACCACUACCUUUUGAUGACGUUUGAGGUCACUGGGGUCAAGGUCACCAAGGCUAAUAAUAGACUUUUGUUACAGUUUCUCAUAGCACCUUCAAUACUUUACCGAUCUCUUUCAUAUUUGGCAUGUAGAUACAUUGCAUGGACCUCUACCUUUUAAUGAUGUUUGAGGUCACUGGGGUCAAGGUCACCAAGGCUAAUAAUAGACUUGUUACAGUUUCUCAUAGCACCUUCAAUACUUUACCGAUCUCUUUCAUAUUUGGCAUGUAGAUACCUUGCAUGGACCUCUACCUUUUGAUGACGUUUGAGGUCAAUGGGGUCAAGGUCACCAAGGCUUAUAAUAGAUUUUUCCGUCACACUUUUGUUACAGUUUCUUAUAGCACCUUCAAUACUUUACCGAUCUAUUUCAUAUUUGGCAUGUAGGUACCUUGCAUGGACCUCUACCUUUUGAUGACGUUUGAGGUCACUGGGGUCAAGGCCACCAAGGCUUAUAGAUUUUUCCGUCACACUUUUGUUACAGUUUCUCAUACCACCUUCAAUACUUUACUGAUCUCUUUCAUAUUUGGCAUGUAGGUACCUUGCUAGACCUCUACCUUUUGAUGAGGUUUGAGGUCACUGGGGUCAAGGUCACCAAGGCUAAUAAUAGACUUUUGUUACAGUUUCUCAUAGCACCUUCAAUACUUUACAGAUCUCUUACAUAUUUGGCAUGUAGGUACCUUGCAUGGACCUCUACCUUUUGAUGACGUUUGAGGUCACUGUGGUCAAGGCCACCAAGGCUAAUAAUAGAUUUUUCCGUCACACUUUUGUUACAGUUUCUCAUACCACCUUCAAUACUCUUUCAUAUUUGGCAUGUAGAUACCUUGCAUGGACCUCUACCUUUUGAUGACAUUUGAGGUCACUGGGGUCAAGGUCACCAAAGCUAAUAAUAGAUUUUUCCGUCACACUUUUGUUACAGUUUCUCAUAGCACCUUAAUUACUUUACCGAUCUCUUUCAUAUUUGACAUGUAGGUACCUUGCAUGGACCUCUACCUUUUGAUGACGUUUGAGGUCACUGGGGUCAAGGUCACCAAGGCUAAUAAUAGAUUUUUCCGUCACACUUUUGUUACAGUUUCUCAUACCACCUUCAAUACUUUACUGAUCUCUUUCAUAUUUGGCGUGUAGGUACCUUGCUAGACCUCUACCUUUUGAUGAGGUUUGAGGUCACUGGGGUCAAGGUCACCAAGGCUAAUAAUAGAUUUUUGUGUGUCAAGGUCACACUUUUGAUACAGUUUCUCAUAUUGCCUUCAAUAAUCUACCGCUCUCUUACAUAUUUGGCAUAUAGGUACCUUGCAUGGACCUCUAUCUUUUGAUGAGGUUUGAGGUCACUGGGGUCAAUGUCACCAAGGCUUAUAAUAGAUUUUCUCAAGGUCACACUUUGGUUACAGUUUCUCAUAGCGCCUUCAAUAUUUGACCGAUCUCUUAUAUAUUUGGCAUGUAGGUACCUUGCAUGGACCUCUACCUUUUGAUGAGGUUUGAGGUCACUGGGGUCAAGGCCACCAAGGCUAAUAAUAGAUUUUUCCGUCACACUUUUGUUACAGUUUCUCAUACCACCUUCAAUACUCUUUCAUAUUUGGCAUGUAGAUACCUUGCAUGGACCUCUACCUUUUGAUGACAUUCGAGGUCACUGGGGUCAAGGUCACCAAGGCUAAUAAUAGAUUUUUCCGUCACACUUUUGUUACAGUUUCUCAUACCACCUUCAAUACUUUACUGAUCUCUUUCAUAUUUGGCGUGUAGGUACCUUGCUAGACCUCUACCUUUUGAUGAGGUUUGAGGUCACUGGGGUCAAGGUCACCAAGGCUAAUAAUAGAUUUUUGUGUGUCAAGGUCACACUUUUGUUACAGUUUCUCAUAUUGCCUUCAAUAAUUUACCGCUCUCUUACAUAUUUGGCAUAUAGGUACCUUGCCUGGACCUCUACCUUUUGAUGAGGUUUGAGGUCACUGGGGUCAAUGUCACCAAGGCUAAUAAUAGAUUUUCUCAAGGUCACACUUUGGUUACAGUUUCUCAUAGCGCCUUCAAUAUUUGACCAAUCUCUUAUAUAUUUGGCAUGUAGGUACCUUGCAUGGACCUCUACCUUUUGAUGAGGUUUGAGGUCACUGGGUUCAAGGUCAAGGUCACUGAGGCUAAUAUUAGAUUUUCUCAUUGUCUCGCUUUUUUCCACACAAUUAACCCAUAUAUCAACAAAGCAUCAUUGGGAAGCAUCCAUCAGUUUUACUGAUAUCCUUGUUUAUAUAUGUUUUAUAGUUUAUUUUUACAGACUUCUAUGAGUAUUUUGUUACAAAUGUGAGUAUAAUGACUAUUUGAACAGAUGCUCAAAUAUAAGUGUGCUCAAUAUGCUUGUACAAAGAUGUUAUUUUCAAUUUAAUGAUAUGAUUGAAUCCAACAUGACUGUUUACAAAUUGAUUUCCAAGUGCUAUCAGGGUAGAACUGUACUGAACAGGUUAUAUCAUGUAAAUCCAAUCUUUAACAGAAGAGCAGUGUUCAUUGCUUGAUUAUGUACUGUUUGAUUCUGAGUGUUAAAAAUGAAUAAUUGAUACAUUGUGUUACAUUGUAGUCAUUUGCUAUUUGUUAGUAUGUAUUGAUUUUUUUGUAGAACCUUUUAUUAAUCCUUUCCUUAUAUGUGUCUGACAAGACCUGCUCAUGUUUAAUACAAUCAUUUUAUUUAUAUAGAUUAUACGUUUCAAGUUAAAAGUAAUAAAAGUUAGAGCUGUUAACUGUAAUAUGUGUUAUGUCAGAUUAUAAAGAGUGCUCUCUGUCCACACACCAAGUUUCAUACACUUAAGUAUUUUCAUACACUUGUGUGUGUGCGUCUGUCUGUCCGUUCACAAUUUUUGUCAGGGCUAUUUCUCAGCAACUAAUGACCGGAAUUCAAUGAAACUUUUUGGGAAGCUUCACUACCAAGAGGAGAUGUGCAUAUUAUCAGCGGGUUCUGGUCGGAUGAUUUUUCACAGAGUUAUGGCCCUUUGAAAUUUUCCAUUAACUGUACAUAUAGUGCAAUUCUUGUCCGGGCUAUUUCUCAGCAACUAAUGACCGGAAUUCAAUGAAACUUUAUGGGAAGCUUCACUACCAAGAGGACAUGUGCAUAUUAUCAGCCAGUUCUGGUCGGAUGAUUUUUCACAGAGUUAUGGCCCUUUGAAAUUUUCCAUUAACUGUACAUAUAGUGCAAUUCUUGUCCGGGCUAUUUCUCAGCAACCAAUGACCGGAAUUCAAUGAAACUUUAUGGGAAGCCCAAGAGGAGAUGUGCAUAUCAUCAGCCGGAUUCUCGUCGGAUGAUUUUUUACAGAGUUAUGGCCCUUUGAAAUUUUCUAUUGUACAUAUAGUGCAAUUCUUGUUCGAGCUAUUUCUCAGCAACUUAUUAGGGAAAUUCAAUGAAACUUUAUGGGAAGCUUCACUACCAACAGGAGAUGUGCAUAUUAUCAGCCGGUUAUGGUUGGAUGAUUUUUCACAGAGUUAUGGCCCUUUGAAUUUUUCUAUAAACUACAUAUAGUGCAAUUCUUGUCCAGGCUAUUUCUCCCCAACUACUGACUGGAAUUCAAUGAAGCUUUAUUGGAAGCUUAACUACCUUGAGGAGAUGUGCAUGUUAUUUGUGGGUUCUGGUUAGAUGAUUUAUUUAGAGAGUUAUGGCCCUUUGAAAUUUCUAAGUUGCUAAACCAUCCAUCGUAUUAUUUUCUCCAAAGUUAUGCCCGUCAAGACGUUUCCUUUUAGCUGAAUAUAUAGUGCAAUAUUGUGACAAAAAAAACUUUGGGGAGCAUCACCCGUCUCCGACGGUUUCUUGUAUAUUCUAUCGUAGUGAAUUUUUUGUUUUAUGUGUAACCUUCUAUCUACCUCUUUCAUCACAUAUAUAGUUUAUAUGUUAAACAGAUUGAAUCAAGAUGUUUUUAUAUAUCUCAUCUUAUCUACUAGUAUGUUAUUUUGCACACUGAGCUUUUGGAACUGCCUUUUGUCCGUAAUAAGUCGUCAUUUGUCCCUUGACUGUAAAUUUGUUAUUUCAUGCAACAAUACUCCUGGCAGAUUUAAAUGAAACUUAACAGGACAUCGGGCCCAAAGUUUGAAAGUGCUGUAUUGGAGUCCAGCUGUCGGUUAGUUGGUGUUUCAGUCUGUCCUCAUAAAAUGUUUUAAGUUUGUGAAACAAACUACUUAUACAAUUCUUAGGCACUUGAUGAAUUCAGAUACUUUAAACUUCAAAUAUGUCCCAACCAUGAAGUGAAGAUGUGCAAGACACUUGUUAUGCCCCUGCAAACAAAGUUGGAAAAGGGUUUUAGGAAACAUUUUGUAAAUUGGUGGGAUUUUCGUUCCAUCCUCAUAAAAUGUUUUAUGUUUUGGGCCCAAUUUACCAAUUUGACAAGCUGUAGAAUUGAAACUAAAAAUAUGUCAUCAGCUUGAAAUUAGGGUUCGUUAGUCUCUCAUAGGCAGUGAUCCACUCAUUCCUGUGUUAUGUGUGCUUGGACCGUUUUCAUGACAGGAGCAUAAAAUGUCUAAGUUGUGAAACAAACUUCUUCCGCAUAUCUCAGGCAAUUGAAUUCAAACUUAAAAUGUGUCAUCAGUGUAGAUGCAUUAUUUUCACAAUAGCCAUUUAAGGUGUUAUCAUUUUGUGAAGUGCUUUGAUCUUCGCCUAGCCUGGCUGCUAUAGGCUGUGAUGAAGUGGUAUGGGUUAUAGCAUGGCUGCUAUGCCUGUGAUAAAGUGGUGGGGGUAUACCAUGGCUUCUAUGCCUGUGAUAAAGUACUUGGGGGUAUGACAUGUCUGCUAUGCCUGUGAUAAAGUGCUGGGGUGUAUAGCCUGGCUGUUAUGCCUGUGAUUAAGUGCUGGGGGUAUUUUGAGUCAUGUUUGUGACAAAACUCUAGUUCAAAUUGUUCAUUGAAAACAUCAAGAAUCUUUUUUUAAACUGCAAGGGUCAGGGGUUAAAUGUGUGAUAUUUUUAACAUGGUUUAGUGUGGUCAUUUUUUAGGUGGUGCAAAUCAUUCCCCUGAGAUAAAAACUGGACAUGCCCCAGGGGUAACAUAAUUUAUGUAUACUUAUAUUAUUAUUAUGUAAAUAACCUAACAUCGAAGCUUGUAGUUUUUCUGUCCUGCAAAAUAAAUUGUUGACCUUGUUAUUUAUUAGCUUACCUGAGCUAAGUGUUCAGAGAUGUAAAUAAAAGCAUUGAAAUUCUUUGAGAAACAACUGGGUUGAGACAAUUUCGUAAUGUGGUCCCUUAUCCUAAGUAUUUUAUUAUUUUGAUGUAAUGAAAGGAGCCCACAGGCCUGGCAGGCUUUUAUAGUGAAUAGAACGGUCAAUCCCUGGUUUUUGACCUCACUUCCUAGCCUGGCCUUGUAAUGUUAACUUUGAUGAUGAUAGAUCAUCAACAGAGGUCAGCUACUGGAAUGACUACUUGAAUGUGUAUAUGUACUAAAAACUGGGUAAAGGGUUUAUGGCCAUUUAUUUAAGAAUUUUUUUUUGUUCAAUCCAAGGCUGCAUUCAAAAUGUUGAAAUUUUUCUUAAAAAUCACUGCACAAGUCAUGUACUGGUUGUUUUGAAGAAAUAUCACAGAAAAUUGCUAUUUUGUUAGGCUGUUUGAAAUUCUUUUAAAUAGUUUUGUUUUCUGAAACAGGGUUGUCAGUAAUCUAUUGUUGACAUGAUGUUUUUAACUUAAAACUUCUCUUUUGUAUUACAUAGCCAUUAUUAUUCAACUCAUGUGAUCAGCCCAAGGUCUUCUUAUUGUUUACCUAAACAGGUUACGUUUUAGACUUCUAUUUCAUAAACACUUUUCGAAAUAAAAUAUUUUAACUAUUCAAAGCUCUGUUAAUUAAAAAGGUGAUUGUAUUAUAAUGUAAAGAUUUAAAUUAACAUUAAGUUACUUCUCAUUUUAAAGUGCCUUCAGUAUAUUUUAACAAUCAUAAAUUUAUCACCAUGCUUUUUUGAAGCAAAGGGAGAAAUUCUAUUUCAGAUUUUCAAUGUGUUUUUCAUCCCCUGCCAAAGGCAGAGGAAUAUACAUUAAGCCUUGCCAGUCUGUUUGUCAUAAAACUGUUUAGGGCUGUAUCUCAGAAACUAUAUAUCAACACUGAAACUUCAAAGAUGUAUAGAUAACAAUGAGAAGAUGUCAUGCACAAGAACCAUAACCCUACACUUUCUUUAAUAUAAGUUAUUGUCCUUUGUUUUUUUAUUUGAUGUAACUUUUCAGGGCUAUAUCUCAGAUAACGUGCAAGACUUCAACAUGAAAAUUCAUGCAUGUAUUGCUAUUAAGGACAAGAUGGUCCAUUCUAAACAACCAUAACCCUUCUUUUUCAUAAAUAAGAGUUAUUGCCCUUUGUUGUUUUUGAAUGAUGGAGCUUUCCAGGGCUAUAUUUUAGAUACAAUAUAACAUUUCAACAUGAAACUUCAUGGGUGUGUAGAAAUCUGGGAAUAAGUGCCAUGCACAAGAACCUUAACCCUACACUUUCUUAACCAAGAAUUAUCGCCCUUUGUUGUUUUUGUAUGAUGCAACUUUUCAUGGCCAUAUCUCAGAUAUGUUACAUAAAACUACAUGGGUGUAUAAAUAUCAAUGAGGAGAAUUUCAAUGCAUAAAAAUCAAUUACCUUACACUUCAUUAUAUCUUUUAUGAUUAUACCAGGGAUUUGCACCCAUCAAUAAUCAAAAUUUAAUAGGUGGAGGAUAUUAAUUCAACGAAUUUGCUUGUUUUUAAAGAAAGAGCAAUUCAAAACCUGAAAUAAUUUUUUUAUAAUAUAGCUUUUUAACCUUUUUUUAGCUCACCUGAGCACAACGUGCUCAUGGUGAGCUUUUGUGAUCGCUUUUUGUCCGUCGUCCGUCGUGCGUCGUCAACAUUUUGCCUUGUGAACACUCUAAAGGCCACAUUUAUUGUCUGAUCUUCAUGAAAUUUGGUCAGAACAUUUUUCCCAUUGAUAACUCGACUGAGUUCGAAACUGGGUCAAAAACUAGGUCACAAGGUCAAAAAAAAGAAAAAACUUGUGAACACUGUAGAAGUCACAUUUGAUGCCCAAUCUUCAUGUAACUUUGUCAAAAUGUUUGUCAAAAUGAUAUGUUGGUUGGGUUCAAAAAUGGAUCCGGUCCGUUGAAAAACAGGGCCGCCAGGGAGCGGGGCAGUAUUCCUUAUAUGGCUAUAGAGAAACCUUGUGAACACUCUAGAAGUCACAGUUUUUGCCCAAUCAUGAUGAAACUUGGUCAAAACAUUGGUUUCAUUGAUAUCUCGGACGAGUUUGAAAAUGGUCAAGAUCGGUGAAAAAACAUGGCCGCCAGGGGGCGGGGCAGUUUUCUCUAUAUGGCUAUAGUAAAACCUUGUUAACACUCUAGAGGCCACAUUUAUUGUCCAAUCUUCAUGAAAUUUGGUCGGAAGAUUGGUCUCAAUGAUAUCUUGGAUGAGUUCGAAAAUGGUUAUGUUUGCUUGAAAAACAUGGCUGCCAAGGGGCGGGGCCUUUUUCCUUAUAUGGCUAUAUAUGGCUAUAGUAAAACCUUGUGAACACUCUAGAGGCCACAUUUAUUGUCUAAUCUUCAUGAAAUUAGGUCAGAAGAUUGGUCUCAAUGAUAUCUUGGACGAAUUCAAAAAUGAUGCUGGUUGGUUUAAAAACAUGGCUGCCAGGGGGCGGGGCAUUUUUUUCCUUAUAUGGCUAUAGUAAAACCUUGUUAACACUCUAGAGGCCACAUUUAUUUUCCGAUCUUCAUGAAACUUGGUCAAAAGAUUUGUCCUAAUGAUAUCUUGAUGCUUUCGAAAAUGGUUUCGGUUGCUUAAAAAACAUGGCCACCAGGGGGCGGGGCAUUUUUCCUAUUAUGGCUAUAUAUCAUGCUUUAGUAAAACCUUGUUAACACUAGAGGCUACAUUUAUUGUCCAAUCAUCAUGAAACUUAGUCAGAUGAUUUGUCCCAAUGAUAUCUUGGAUGAGUUCGAAAAUGGCUCCGGUUGGUGGAAAAACAUGGCCGCCAAGGGGCGUGGCAUUUUUCCUUAUAUAACUAUAGUUAAACCUUGUUAACACUCUAGAAGCCAUAUUUAUUGUACGAUCAUCAUGAAACUUUGUCAGAACAUUUGUCCCAAUGAAAGUGGUUCCAGUUGCUUGAAAAACAUGGCCACCAGUGGGCGGGGCUUCUUUCUUUAUAUGGACUUAUGAAUCUUCAUGAAACUUUGUCAGUAUAUUUGUUUAAAUGAUAUCUUGGAUGUGUAUGAAAAUGGUUCUGGUCUGUUGAAAAACUUGGCAGCCAGGGUGUUCACUAGUCAUGAAAGUUGGUAAGAACAUAUUGUUCUAAUGACAUCUUGGGCUGCAUAGAACAGGUCAGUUCCUUCGAAUCUCAGGUGAGCGACUUUGGGCCUUUCAGGCCCUCUUGUUUUACAUUUACCAUUACCUUCAUUCAUUGUAGUUUUAAACUUUAAAAGAUUAUCAUGUUAUACAAUAGUUCUUCUAUUUUAACAUGUUGUUUAUAUUGUUAUAAGAUUAUAUGGUUGUCUGUGUAUCAAUAAAGAUAUUGAAGACGUU